UUCCCUUCCGCCGACUGAUCCCCAUUGCCCGUAUUGGCCCAGAACGGCUCAUAAACUGUGCCAUCGGGCUGUGCGUUGGCUGACUCCGUAUGUCAGUCUGUACCGGCUCGCGGACUCCGGUCCGGAUGUAGCUCCCCGCUUCGCUUUGGCUUGAGAUUUUCUUUAUUUUCAUUUGCACAGUUGAUUUCACAGGGUCUAGGAUGUCGAGAUGGAGAGUGAACAUCCCGACAGUAAGGAGCCAGAAAAUGUGAACUGCUCAGAGGUGCAGACAGCUGAUAGCCCCGAUGAGACAGAUGAGCUUACUCAAGAUGAGCAAGAUUGCAGAGCAGGAGAGUCGUGGACUGCUACAGGAAGUGACGUCACCCUCGACACCUCAAAUGGACCCUCUGGGCCAGAGCCACCAGACAUGGGAGGAGAGGAUAUUUCAGAAGGAGAAUCAUUAAUUUGUGUAGCUGGUGAUGAGGAACCGGAGCAGGUUUGUAAUAAAAAAGGUACCGAUGAUGAGGACGACCAACCGGAGAACGUCUCGGACUCGGCCUCUACCGACAACACCCUGGAGGACUCCAAUGAAUUUGUAGUGACUAUGCUGGGCAGAGGAAAGUUGGAGGACGAUGUCCCCGAGCCUGAGGCCGGCUCGCCGACGUUGACUGCUUCUUCAUCCCAUCGAGACGAAGACGUGACGGGGGAGAGCUGGCGGAUGCACCGAAAGCACGUCUUUGUGCUGAGCGAGGCAGGAAAGCCUAUCUACUCUCGCUAUGGCAACGAAGAGGCGUUGUCCUCCACCAUGGGAGUCAUGAUGGCGCUGGUGUCUUUUGUCCAAAGUGGUGACAACACGAUCCGCUCCAUCUACUCAGAUCGGAACACUGUGGUGUUCAUGCAGCAGGGACCCUUGGUGCUGGUGUCCGUCUCCUCGACCCGUCAGUCGGAACAGCAGCUGCGCAGCGAGCUCAUGUAUGUCUACUACCAGAUUAUCAGCAUGCUCACGCAGGCCAGCAUAGCCCGCAUCUUCGAGCGCAAAAAGAACUAUGACCUGCGACGACUACUGGCCGGCUCUGAGAAGAUCUUGGAUGGCCUCCUCAACCUGGUGGACACCGACCCGAGCUUUUUUCUCUCGGCUGUGCACUGCUUGCCGCUGGCCUCCUCCCUCAGAGACUCCCUUAGCCAGAUCCUCCAGAAGGCCAUCACACCCAACUUGGUCUUUUCUAUUCUUAUAGCUAAGAACCAGCUACUGACCAUUGUUCAGGAGAAGACGGUCAUCGAAGACGCUAGGCUGGAGCCGGCUGAUCUCCACCUCCUGCUCAAUCUCAUAGGGGCUUCCUCUGCUUUUCAAGCCGGGGAGAUCUGGACCCCCAUCUGCCUGCCCCUUUUCAACCCUGACUGUUAUUUCUACGCCUAUAUCUCCUACCUGGACCCCCCAGAAUGCACUGUCUGCUUGCUUCUGCUCUCCACGGACAAGGAGGCCUUUUAUGCAGUAGCAGAGUGCAAGAGGAAGAUUGACGAAGGCAUGCGAACUCAGAAUGCGCUGCGCUCCAUUGCUAAAGCCCAGCCCUACAGCGCCAGCCAAGUCGGGGUCUCGGACCUGCGGCAUUUCAUGUACAAGCCCUUUGAUGUGCCGGACAACUUUCGCCAGCUCACACAGUUCACCAGCCCAGAGAUGGAGGCCCCUUACAACAGCGAGGAGGAGAGGAUGAGGCUUCUAGACCUGUACCGCUAUAUGCACAGUCGCAUUCACAGCACCUCGCGGCCCCUCAAGCUCAUCUAUCACGUGGCUGAGAGAGAGACGCUGCUUGCAUGGGUAACCAGUAAAUUUGAACUGUACACCUGCUUCAGCCCUCUGGUGACAAAGGCUUCUGCCAUAAAUGCCAUAACCAAGUUGUUACGAUGGAUCAAGAAGGAGGAGGACCGUCUCUUCAUCAGAACCCCCCCGAAGUACUCCACUACCCCUAACCCCAGCAAGAGCUCUCGUGGGAGUAAGGGUGGCUCUGAGAGGCAGGAUAAUGCUGAAAAUGGUUUCUUGUCCCUCUUGUAGGACCCUGUUCUCCGACAAUGCCCAUUACAGCCUUGGAGUGCAUGUCAUUUAUGAAAACUCCAGCCAGUCAACAUGUAGUCGUAUAUUUUUCACAUGUGCAACCGAUUUACUUAAGAUAUUCAUUUCUUUGACAAGUUUGUCUGUUUAUGUCGAAAAUGUUCUCAAAACAGGGUAUAAACUGUUAGAGUAGGUGGAGGGGAAAAAAAAUCUUGUCAAGAAAAUAAUGUUGGUUUGUAAAUAUACAGUGUUGCUACAGGGGUCAGCUGUGUUUUGAUAGGAUUUUAUUAUAUUGUAUUGCUAUACACAUACUGCUCCACUUCCAGGUGAAACUUUGAAUGCAAGAGUGCAUAAAUGCUUUACCUUUCUAAAAAAUAUAGUUUUGCUUCAGCUCAAAACAAACAUUUGUCUUUUAAACAUGGAAAUGCUCUGUACAGUGUUUUAUACACAUCUAGGAAGAGAAGGAUCACUCAGUACUUCCACACUACCAGGUUCCUCCAGUAUUUUGUCCCAGGUGAUAACUUUGUUACAUUUAAACAGACAUUCAGAUUUACGUUGACAUUCUGAGUAAAUAUGUAGCGAGAUUGCGUGUGGUGGUGUUUUAUCAUUAUCGCUAUUGUGCAGCGCUGAAGUGUCUGUUAGAGCGCUCUGAUAGUUACAAACUGAAAUAGCUUUGGAAUGAAUCAGGUGUGUAUCUGUCAUUUUCAUGUUGUACUGGAUAAUUUUCUUGUUGCUCCCAUUCAUUUUGUGUGUUUAAAUAUGAAGUUUGCUGCAUUCUGAAUGAAGCAUUUGUAAAAUACAUUGAAAGGCAACUUGUGCAUCUUUGAAUGGAAGAUUAAAAUGCCCAAAUACAGAGUUCUAAAGAUGUUUUUAAAAUGAUUAUUUCAGUCUUUAGCUGUACACUGGCAAUUGUACAUUUUUUUUUUUUCAUGCCCCAUGCAGAUAUUUAAUAAGUAGAGAAAUUGCCCUUUGUUUGAAGAAAUUUGAUUAUUUUGAAUAACUAAAGACCUUAUGUCAUUUUUGACUAUAUUGCGGUAAUUCAGGGAAUGUUAUUAUUGAGGCUUUUUAAAUAUUUUGACAGUGAAUGUGUGGAGUGGGGCUGCUCAAAUAAAUCUCCCAUGUUCCCUGGU